AUUUAUAGAAAAAUAAGCAUCUUUACAAAAUAGGAUAAGGUGGUUAAAUUUACUUGGAUUAUGGGGGCCGGCGGCUGCAGUAUUCGUUCCAACAAAAGGUCUCGAUUCUCCAAGAUGGAUCAGUCCAGGUCUGGUGGCAAGCCAAAUUUUUUGGGUUCGGCAUCGCCUCUCAAAGGUACGAACAAGGGCGGGUUCGGAAGUGCACACAACGCAGCCCGGGAUGGGACGCUUCCGCAGCCUAACGGAUUUCCGACCAGGGUUCAAGUAGAACCCUCCCCCAGACCAGAAUCAGCCAAGAGGCCCGGUACCUCCCCUCUCCAGGCGGCCUCCCUGAAGGAAAGUCGCCUGGAAAUAAUUAACAGGAGCGGGCGCAGGCGACUCCUAUCCCUUCCCUCCAAUAUGGCGGGCGGGGUAUGGAAUAUGGGAGUCUUCAACGCUGGCACUCGCGGAACGGAAAUAGUUCGCUUGCACUCGACUGAGGUGUUUUCCUGCGGCACAGUUGGAGUUCGUGUGAGGAAGGCAAGAAGAAUUGUCCCGUACGAAGAGGAAUCCGGAGGAGUUCAAAGGAUUGUGAAUUUAGGAUUACUUUAAUCGAAUUUGUGGUUACGUCAUGGCUUGUUGAUUGAAUCAAAAGGCCAAAAACAAAGAAGAAUAAGAAGCAGGAAUCCUUUCUUACGCUUCGCAG